UACGAGAACACUCAGAGGAAAAGGACGUCCACAUUAAAUUUCAACAUGCUGAAACCUCAAACAAUUCAAAGGCUGCGUGCCCCCUUAAAGAAGACUCUGAAAGCGGCUUCGAAAUCUCAGUCGACGGCAGCCUCUGUCAAGGUAGGCAGUUCCGAGGCUCCACUCUACUACUUAAACUCUCAGAAAGUCAUGGAUCGGGAGUACAAAUACGGAGCUCACAACUACAAGCCUCUUCCAGUAGUCAUUCAUAAAGCAGAAGGAGUUCAUGUCUGGGAUGUCGAAGGUAAAAAGUAUUACGAUUUCUUGAGUGCCUACAGUGCUGUCAACCAAGGUCAUUGUCACCCGAAGAUUCUUGAAGCUUUAUAUUUACAGUCGAAACUAGUGACUUUAACGUCACGUGCUUUCUACGCAUCUGCUUUGGGAGAGUUCGAAGAGUAUAUAACGAAGAAGUUUGGAUAUGACAAAGUCCUGCCUAUGAAUACCGGAGUUGAGGCUGGUGAAACCGCAUGUAAAAUUGCGAGAAAGUGGGGGUACAGUGUCAAAGGCAUUGAGAAAGAUAAAGGCAAAAUAAUCUUUGCCGAAGGAAACUUUUGGGGACGUACUUUAGCAGCUGUUUCAAGUUCAACAGAUCCCUCAUGUUAUAGCGGGUUCGGACCAUUUAUUCCAGGCUUCCGCAUAGUUCCCUACAAUGAUAUUCCUGCUUUGGAGGAAAUGUUAAAAGAUCCGGAGGUUUGUGCUUUCAUGGUGGAACCUAUUCAAGGUGAAGCUGGUGUCGUUGUUCCUGACGCAGGAUACUUGAAGAAGGUCAGGGAGUUAUGCGACAAAUACAAUGUUCUGUGGAUAGCCGAUGAAGUACAGACAGGACUGUGUCGUACUGGAAAAAUGUUGUGUGUAGAUCAUGAAAAUGUCAAGCCCGACAUUCUGAUGCUGGGUAAAGCAUUAUCUGGAGGCGUUUAUCCGGUAUCAGCUGUUUUAGCAAAUGACGAUGUGAUGCUGGUCAUCGCACCUGGGGAGCAUGGAUCCACCUAUGGAGGAAACCCUUUGGCAGCAAAAGUUGCCAUUGCCGCCUUGGAGGUCCUGGAGGAAGAGAAUCUCGCCAAGAAUGCAGAAGAUAUGGGGAAUCUUUUGCGAGAAGAACUGAAUAAGUUGCCAAAGGAUAAGGUUGAAAUUGUACGAGGAAAGGGGCUGUUGAAUGCAAUAGUCAUACACAAAAACUAUGAUGCGUGGGACGUGUGCCUUCGGUUGCGUGAUAACGGCCUUCUUGCGAAACCCACUCACCAAACUAUAAUCCGCUUCGCCCCUCCACUGGUCAUAAACCGUGAAGAAAUGAAAAAUUGUGCCGAAAUUAUCAAAAAGACCAUAGAUAGUUUGUAAAUGAUGAGUCAGAGUUCACAGAUGUAUUAUAAAAAAUGAUGUAUUUGUUACUGUUUUAAUACUAAAAAUUUGUUACUCAAA